AGCCGAAGAGCCGAGGGGGCCAGCGCGCCGUCCCGUCGAGGUCGCCGGGCCCAGUUGGGAGGUUGUGGGAGAAUCUUGGAAAGUUUGGAUCUGGGCUUCCCCUAAAAAGGAAAUGACUUCCGUUUCAGGGAGGAGAAUGCACCGUAGCAUUCCCGUCGAAGUAGAUGAAUCAGAUCCAUUCCCGUCGCGACUGAUGAAUGAAUUCCCAGAAUAUUCCUCGGAAGAGGAACCAGAGCCGCCCGGGGCCAACGUGGAAGAUGGGGUCCUCGGCCCCCCUGAAGUUCCCCUUUGCCCCGCGGGAGAGUCAGUAGCCUGGAAGCCCCUCGAGCUCGCCCAUCCUCCCUGGCCCGAGGACCUCCAGGGGCGAUGCCUGCGCAAUAAAGUCCUGGAGGAGUGCGAACGGAGUUUCUGGAGGAGGCUCCAGGACACCGGGAAUGAUUUUGCCUCUGGCUGGUCAGCUGCAAGCGAGGCGGUGGGUGGAAAAGUCCCCCAGGAGCAUCAGUCUUCGCUUCCGGAAAACCUCAGUCAGCUGCCGGGCCCCGAGCUCUCGGCGGUGUCGCCCGACACCGGCCGCGACUCCGUCAGAUCUGACCAGAGCUUAUCGGACGGUUCGGCGGACUCCUCGGGCCAGCGUCGAGACGACGGGCCCCACCGUCAGCCCACGGGAAUCCGGACUCCGCCAGACCUGCCCACUCUAGACACGGGCUAUGAUUCCCAGCCUCACGACGUGUUGGGCAUCAAGCACCUAGAACGGCCCCUGCCUCUUGUCUCAGUGGGUAACCCCCAGGACCUUCCUCGACCGCUUAGGUCCAGGGACUACCUUCAGGUGGAACCUCAGCGGUAUCUUGUGUAUCCCCAGAUACCACCCCCUAACCUUUCUCCCCAGGCUCAGUGGAAUUGGAGGCUCCAAUACCCAGGGGGUCCGUAUCACCGUGCCCAAUAUGGCCAAGAAUAUCCACGGGCUCCCUAUCAGCAGAUGGCCCAACCAUCUCAGCAAAUGCCACCCCUUCCUGGACAUUGUAUAAGAGGCAACCAGCCGGCCCAGAAAGUCAUCCCAAACUAUUCCAGCCCUCAAGCCAAAGAAGAGAGAGUUGCGCAGAGAGACUGCACGGCCCCCAUGAACCCGAGACACUUGGGUCAGCUGCCCAUCCAGGGGCCCGGUAGAGCAAGGCCUGCCCCUGAGGAGGAUCCUCCUGAUCUGAGCCCACAGGUCAACCAGGGCCCGGCGCUGGACGCAACCCCCAGGCCCCUCAGUAAUCCUACUGUCAGGGGAACUUUGAAAACCAGCAAUUUGCCCGAAGAAUUGCGAAAAGUCUUUAUAACCUAUUCGGUGGACGCAGCUGUGGAGGUCAUGAAAUUCGUGAACUUCUUGUUUGUAAAUGGAUUCCAAACUGCUAUUGACAUAUUUGAGGAUACAGUGCGUGGCAUCGACAUCAUCAAGUGGAUGGAACGGUAUCUAAGUGAUAAGAAAGUGAUGAUAAUCAUCGCAAUCAGCCCCAAAUACAAACAGGAUGUCGAAGGGGCUGAGUCCCAGCUGGAUCCGGACGAGCACGGCCUGCAUACUAAGUACAUCCAUCGCAUGAUGCAGAUUGAAUUCAUUAAACAAGGAAGCAUGAAUUUUAGAUUUAUCCCGGUGCUCUUCCCCACUGCUAAGAAGGAGCAUGUGCCCACCUGGCUUCAGAACACCCACAUCUACAGCUGGCCAAGAAAUAAAAAGAACAUCCUGCUGCGGUUGUUAAGGGAAGAGGAGUACGUGGCCCCCCCAAGGGGGCCACUGCCAACCCUACAGGUGGUGCCUUUGUGACUCCCCACGGACCCCGGAUCCGGGACUGUAGUGGGUCACUCUGAACAGGGAACCAGGGCUCUCCUCCUAGGUGAGAUUGGGUGGCGAGGGCAAUUGGCCCUUGGACCGCUCCACUCCCCAUGAAAGGGGUCAACUCCAGCCACAAAAAAACCCAACAAAGUUCCGUUAGACACUCCCCACCCUCUUUCUCACCCUCUGAGAAUAAUGGCACUUAUCUCUCCCGGGUUUUAAACUGACUGCGGAGAGAGCAUCCAAGUUUUUAAUGACUGUAUCGUUUCUGUGUAGCGCUUCCACGGGUCGGUUAGCCGGGAGAUUUCUGGAAAUGCUGCAACCUGGACUCACCCCUGUUUGCUCACUCCUGUUUGUUGACCAGAUGGUCUUGCUUGACAUUGGUUCCACACACUAAACCGGCUCAUGUACACAAAAUAAAAAUGUGUUUACUUUUUAUACGGUUAUUUCUCGUUUAUCUGAAGGGAGAGAUAGGCGCAUAAUAGU